AUGAGUUUAUUUUUCAGGGCGACAGGCUUCCGCCGUCCGUUGGUGCUCUUCCAGAUACGGCGUUUGACAUCCUACCAACCACACGGGCUGAUACAAGUACAACGAGUGAGAAUAAGGGAAACAUGGUUUCGGCGAGCACUUUGGACCGUCGCGGCCUAUGGCAUAGGGACAUACAUGUGGGCGGAAAUUGCUCUAAGGCCGCUUGAUAAAUUGGAACUUGAUCCCGAAGAAGAUGGACCUAUGAAACUAGAGACAACGGGAGUACAGAGGCCUGCUCGAUCUCUUGGUGUUAAUGAUGACAAGAAUGACACCGAAGAAGCAAAGGAGGAAGACGAACCAAUAUUUAUUCCACUUGGGUUGCCCCGCCUGGUAGAAGGGGAACCAUACACUCCAAACGAUCCUGAAUGGCACACGAAUUUCAGGAUAGCCCUUGCCUCGGGCAAUUUGCGAUAUAUUAAAGACCAUCUCGUAAUGCAUGUAUUGGAAAAUUUCUCCCGAGAUCCUCGUAUCACUCGCUUCACUGGAAGCCCUCUCCAAGUGAAAUUCCUCCAUCUAACUCAUGCAUUUCCAUACAAAACGCCCCCAACAUAUGUGCGGUCUGGAUUGGAAUGGUCCGAUGAUGGAUUUAAAUGGACUUCGCAGCCUGUAACCACAGAAAAAGGGGACAUGAUAUGGAACGUGCUUGAACCAUUCCGAGUCACAGCGUCAUUCAUACGCGCAGGCUAUUAUUAUCUUGCACUAAAACGCGCCAGGCUGGAAAGCUUUCUAAAUAGACUGCGUUUCGAUAAUAACGGCCGUCUCGAAGCUCAGCGCCAGGCGGAAGAAUCAGUCAACACCCCAUAUAUCCUGCCCAUUCUCUCUUGGAUGCCUGGAAGUAGCGAAGACACUUCGACCUUUCAGAAACCCACGAUGCUGGAUAAACCAGAUGUCAGAAGCAGCAGCCCCUUCCAGCCCGUUGUCGUCUACGACUUAACCGACAAAAACAGAUAUGGGGAGAAUGAUAAAAUGCCCGAUCUACGUUCCGCGGUGGGAUUGUUCUUGACGAUGCUAAGACAAUCGCCAGGCAGGUAUAAGUCGCCGCCACCUGGGGUGUUCAUUAUUGCAGGGAUGAUAACUCUACAUGGACCACAGGGCUGGUGCAAUGUCUACGCAAAAGGGGUUUACAACCCCAUAAACAAUAGGGUGGAAGUUGGUAUGGAUUUGGUAUCUAUCAUGCCUUAUUUCCAGGCACCGCGCCGCCAUCCGUGA